UUGUGCUUUGCUCUAUCAACAAGCACAAAACCAACACAACAAUCUCUCUCUCUCUCUCUCUCUCUCUUUCUGUUUCUUUCUUCUCUCUCUGCAUGAAAAUUCCAUAGACAGCCAACAAUAUGAGAUUUCUCUUCGCCUGCGAUUCAACCGCCUCUUCUCCAUUCUUCCUUUUCCUUCUCUUUUCUUAAAUCAAACAAGAAACCAACCCCCCCAUUGCCUCUCUCUCUCUCUCUCUCUCUCUCUUUGUGUCUCUCUCUAGAGCUGAACUAGCUCCAUGACACUAUCUGGGUCUCAUUUACUUCAAAACCAAAAAUUCUGAGUACCAAUUCUCUCACCCACCCAUUUUUCUCCACCAAACACCAUUCUCUCUCUCUGUCUGUAUAAACACUUUUUCCCACUGGUAUAUCCCAACAAUGCUGGAUCUCAACCUCACCGUUGCUUCCUCCGAUUCCAUCUCCAAUAAGCUUCUCCAUCUUUGCAAUUCCCAGAUGGAAAGCUCCGGAAGCUUCAACUCCUCCAAUGUCACCGCGGACGACGACGCCUACUCGAACGCCGCCUUCGCUUACUCUUUCGGUAUUCUUAAGCCGAAUGACGUCGUCGGAGAAGGUACGGUUGGCGCCAAAGCGCGGCAAAUCGGGGAAGAGGAAGACAAUGAGGGUGAGGGUGAUAGCUGUAAACGGAAGACCAUCCAGCUUUUCCCGGUGAUGGGUGCCGUACGGUCUUCGGGGGGGUCUUCGUCCGGAAGGCACUGGUUGGGCUUGUCGAGCGGUCGGGAAGCCAAUUGCGAUGGUCCGGUGGACCAGAGGAUCGUGCCCCAUCAGCAGCAGACGGUGAAGAAGAGCCGGCGAGGACCCAGGUCAAGAAGCUCGCAGUAUCGUGGGGUUACGUUUUAUCGAAGAACUGGAAGAUGGGAAUCGCAUAUUUGGGAUUGUGGGAAGCAGGUGUACUUGGGGGGAUUUGACACCGCCCAUGCCGCAGCUAGGGCAUAUGAUCGAGCAGCGAUCAAGUUCCGUGGAAUGGACGCAGAUAUCAAUUUCAAUAUCAGUGAUUAUGAUGACGAUAUUAAGCAGAUGAGAAAUUUUAGCAAGGAAGAAUUUGUCCAUAUCUUGCGUCGGCAGAGCACCGGAUUCUCGAGGGGAAGCUCGAAAUUCAGGGGAGUGACACUGCACAAAUGUGGACGGUGGGAAGCUCGUAUGGGCCAGUUACUUGGAAAGAAGUAUAUAUAUCUUGGCCUAUUUGAUAGCGAGGUUGAAGCUGCAAGGGCAUAUGACAAGGCUGCCAUAAAAUGCAAUGGGAGGGAAGCAGUCACCAACUUUGAGCCCAGCUCAUAUGAUGGGGAGAUAAGUUCAGAGGCUGGCAAUGAAGGCAGUGACCAGAAUCUUGAUCUGAACUUGGGAAUUGCUCCUGUUUCCGUUUCUCAAGGAAAAACCAACAUGAACGGUUUUCAACUUCAGAGUGGAUACGAUGACAUUCCUGUUUAUAUGAGAGAAAGGAUCGAUAACUCUGUUUCAGCAACGGUGAGAGCUCAACUGCCUCAUGGCUAUGGAGUGGCAUCUGAGCACUCUUCUGUCAUGAGUGGCAUGACUUCCAAUUUCUUUCCCAUUGGAAUGGAAAGAGCAAUAGAGAAGAGGAUGGAUGUUAAUUCCUUGCCGAAAUGGGCAUGGCAAGUCCAAGGCCUUAAUGGUGGGGCGCCUCCAGCACCCCUCUUCUCUGCUGCAGCAUCAUCAGGAUUCCCUUCUUUACCAAUCCCUCCAUCGCCAGCUGCUGUUAGUCAACUUCAUUUCCCAAAUACAUCGAGCCUCCACCAUUUUCACCGUCAAUCACCAAUACCGGCACCUUACCACAUUUCUAUUGCAGGGGCUGAAACCAGUAUCAGGUAGGGUAUAGCUAGAAAGCUGAACGUUUUAGAAUGUGACGUAGAUGGGGGCCGGUAGGUUCAUUAGCAAAAGAAAAAUAGUAUGCAAAUUUGAGUAUGCUAGAUGAGGAAGUAUAGUUGUAAGCUUUAAUAGCUUGAGCUUAUUUGCUUUGCAUUUAAAGCAUAUUGAACUUGAGUUGCCUAACUUUUGCUGGUAUGGGAUAAUUAAAAUGGCAAAACAAAUCUUCGCAUGUGAGUUGUAACCGACUAGUUCAUUUAGGAUAUGAAAUGCAGGUCUACGACAUUAUAAGGGGACAUGAUGGUUCUAUUCGUGUCAGUUUUCAAUUUCUAGGCUUGGAAUUGGACAAAAGCUUGUGAUUGUUAUUUCAGCAAGGAACAAGCAGAACUUCUGUUCACCUCCCAACUCUUCUGCUGGGUUAUAAUGGCACAAACUUGAAUUUGGUAAAUAGAAUCUGGUAAUUUCUAUUA